UGGGGAGCGUGCUGUAAGUCAUUGGCCAUUACAAGGAGGUCAAGAAUUCAUGGAGUUACGAUAACUCAGGUUGUCCAGCAAGUUCCGCAAGGAAAAUCAACACCUGACUUCACCCGGAAACCAAUGGCAAUGACCGUCCACGAAGGGAGAAGAGCUUUUUUCAAAGCAAUCGUCAGUGGCGAGCCAACACCGAAUGUCACAUGGGGGCGAAACAAGGGGGAUGUCAAUAACACAGAGAAGUACAAAAUUAGAUAUGAUGAAAAAGCCAAGGAGCAUGUCCUUGAGAUACCGAUAGCAAAAGCUGACCUUGCCGACACUUACAAAUGCUUUGCCACCAAUGAAUAUGGAACGGCUGUUUGCUCUGCCACCCUCAAUAUCAUUAAAGCAAAGGAGGAAGCGCCACAGGAUUUCAGAGCUAUGCUCAAGAAAACUGUUGUCGUCACCAAGAAAAAACAAUUGCCACCGAAGAAAGAAGGAGAGCUUGACCCUAAACUUUGGGAAGUGCUCCUCACCGCACCAAAGAAAGACUAUCAAAGAAUAUGCUUGGACUUUGGUGUUACAGACUUCCGAUGGUUGCUGAAGAGACUGAAUCAGAUGAAAAAGGAAAGAGCUGACGAACAGGCAAAAGUUGUUGAAGAUCUCGGGAACGUGAAACAAAUUGAAUUGAAACCAAACGGAAAAGCAGAAUUCAGCCUCAACAUGUCUUUACUGGAUCCUAACACCUCUAUUUACCUGUACAAGGACGGUACGGCAAUUCCAUAUGGAAACAAUGGAAACUCAAAGCACAGUCUGCAGAAGCGUGGAAACAAUUAUUGUUUCACCAUCAAAGAUCCCCAGCCAGAAGAUGCCGGUUUGUAUCAGGUUGAUGUUGGCGAGACAAACGUCCUUACGACCGACUUCCAAGUUCCUGAUGUGGAGUUUGUAGACAAGAUUAGUAACGUGAAGGCCUUGGAAAACAAAGACGCCUCUUUUCAAUGUGUUCUGUCAACACCAAUCAACAGAAUAAAUUGGUCAACACCAGAUUCUUCGCUUGAACAUGGCGAGAAAUAUGAGAUGAACACCUCAGAAGACAAAAUGACACAUACUCUAACAAUUAAAAAUUGUGAAACGACUGAUAAUGGAGCAUAUUAUGCAAUUGCUGGCAUUGCGGCAUGCAGUGCAUCUCUCUCAGUGGAAGCCGAUCCAAACGCCCAUAAAGGUCCAAAGGACGAAAAAGCCAAGCCUCAGAAUGACCAAGCUAAAUUGGCUUUGGAGCAGAAGCCACAAAUGGAGAUAGAAGACACAGACAAAAAUGGAGGACAAAAUGAGUCUUGCGGGAAGAUCAGCUCUGGAGAAGGUGAUGAAACUACAGCUAAGACUGAUAUAACCAAGGGUGAUGGCGCUGAUGACGUCUGGGAAACUGUUGUGAGCCAUGGUGAGGGAAAAGGCGAGAAUAAAAACCUCCUGGGAGGUGGAGAAGAUGAAAGUCAGAAAGUUGAUGCAGGCAGAAGGCGAUUGCAAGCAGGCCUAGCAGUCUCCAAAGCAACAAAAGAUGAAGGUGUUCAGUUUGUCAGCGGGCUGUCAGAUACCACCGUUAUUACUGAAGGACAGGCAGAGCUAUGCUGCAAAUUAAGCAAUGAGAACUCGGAGGGAAGAUGGUACAAGAAUGGAAAACUGCUCACCAAAAAGGAUGGGGUCAGGAUUGUCAAAGAUGGAGCCUAUCAUAAAUUUAUAAUUGACUGCUGCAAAAGUGAGGAUGUGGGUGUGUAUCGCUUUGAGUCAGAUGGACGUAAAUCGGAAGCCACGUUGAAUAUUCAAGAUCCACCAAAGAUUGAUGCCAGCUCUCUUGGAGAAUUCGGAAAACCAGUAAUUGUGAGAGCAGGCGAGACUGCUGAAUGGAACCUUCAAUUUUCGGGUGGACAACCGACAACCAUUCAAUGGAAUAAGGACAACGAUGAGCUUUUCCCUGCCCUCAAUGUGAAGAUUGAAAAAUCAGCCACUAAGAGCAAACUACGCCUUUUAAAAUGCCAAAGGAAGGACAGUGGUGAAGUCAGAAUAAAAAUAAAGAAUGAAUUUGGUACAAUAGAAGCAAUUUCCAAACUCAUAGUCUUGGACAAACCCACACCACCGCAAGGACCCGUUGACAUUAUGGAGAGUGCUGUGACAUCUAUUGAGUUCAAGUGGAAACCGCCAAAGGAUAAUGGUGGAUGUCCAGUCACUAACUACAUUAUAGAACGCCAGCAGGUUGGUCGUAACAAAUGGUCCAGUCUUGGGGAGAUCAGUGGCAGCAGUACGUUCUACAAAGAUUGCGAUGUGGACCCUGGAAGAAAAUACUGCUAUCGGAUCAGAGCAAGAAAUUUAGAAGGUGUUAGUGACUACCUUCAGACAGAAGACAUACCGGCCGGAGUGUUACGUUAUCCGGGAACCCCUUCAGCACCGAAAGUGGUCAGUGCCUCUAAAGAGUGCAUUAUUCUGGCGUGGAGUGCUCCAAGUGACACCGGAGGGACCAAAAUAAUGGGCUAUAAUUUGGAAAAAAGGAAAAAAGGCACAAAUUACUGGAGCCUUGUAAACCAAGGAGGACCAAUAAAGGACUCCAAGUGUGAGGUGAAAGACUUAUUUGAAGGGGCUGAAUAUGAAUUCAGGGUGUCGGCAAUCAACCUAUCUGGUCCCGGGGAUCCAAGCAUGCCUUGUGACACUGUAAUCGCCAGAGAUCCCAUGAAACCUCCAGGGAAAGUCACAGAUCUCAGAGUAACGUCGAGCGACUACACAACCUUGUCGCUAGCUUGGACUAAACCCAAGGAAGUGAAAGGGUUGCAGGAUGAAGCGCAGGGUUACUACGUAGAGAUCAGACCUGUAACGAGCCCUGAAUGGACCCGAUGUAAUGCCAUACCAAUUAUUCCCACUACUUACACUGUGAGGGGUUUAAAGGCCAUGGCCGCUUACUGGAUUAGAGUAGUGGCUACCAAUUAUGGAGGUGAUGGAGAACCUCAAGGCUUUGACAGUCACAUUACGGCCAUGCCCCCUCCUGUGCGGCCAAAGUUCAAAGACCGCAACAUGAAGAGCUUCGUAGUCGUGAGAUCGGGAAACACCGUGCGCCUCAACAUCCCCUUUGAGGCAUCACCCUUUCCUGAGGUCUCCUGGUUGAAAGAUGGUAUUUUAGUACCUAAGCACGUAACAGUCACCAACUCUGAUAAAGCGUCUCAAAUCUUGAUCCCCACAUCUGAGCGCACCGACUCUGGAGUCUACACCGUGAUCGUCAAGAAUCUCGUAGGUCAAGAAAGCUUCAACAUUGAAAUUAGAGUAACAGAUGACCCUAAGCCUCCAGGUCCAGUGGAGCUGGAGCAGAACGUCCCAGGAACAGUCACGUUGUCCUGGGCGCCCUCUCCAGACGAGAUGAAGGAUGACAGGCUGCAUUAUGUCAUUUCCAAGCGGGAUUCCUUCAAGCCAACAUGGAGGACAGUGGCAGAAAAUAUCUUCAACAACAGGUUUACUGUUGUGGACAUUGUGCCCGGGCGGCAAUAUCACUUCAGGGUGUAUGCUAAAAAUGACAUAGGCCUGUCCAUGCCAUCCGUAUCACCAGGGUUCGAAACUAAGAGGGACAGAGAAAAAUUCACGGUCAAAGAACCACCGAGAAAAUCUGUUGAUUUAUCGUCAGCGCCGUCUUUCAUCACACCACUGAAACGCCACAUGCCUCCAGAAGGCUAUGAAUGUCACAUGAGCUGCGCAGUCAAGGGCGACCCGGCGCCCCGCGUGGCCUGGUACCACGAUGGCGUGGAUCUGAACGUCAACAGCAACUACUACAUCACCAACGUGUGUGGAGUCUGCUCCUUGCUCAUUCUGAGGGUUGGCGCUAAAGAUGGCGGCAUAUACAAAGUUGUGGUGGAGAAUUACCUGGGGUCGGCCGAGUGCUCCAUGACGCUGAACGUUAGAGGGUAA